AGCUGUGUGUGUUUUUUGGGGGGUUUGUGUUCUGAAGAACUCCUUUAAAGUGCAAAAGAAGGAGGCCUUACUCGUUUGGUACGACUUGUGUCCGUUGCGUAAAACGUGAGAUUACUCAUCGCUUUGCGUUUUUAAUUCAACUUUUUCCUUUCUUCAUUACCCCUUCAUAAUUACCUGAACUCCUAAUAAAAUAUACUACGCAGUGUGCCUCUCUGGAAAAGGAAAAGGAACACAGGAAAAAUGGAUCCCUUCUCACAGCCCUACUAUAUUGGCGGCGCCACGCAGGAUGCCUCGCAGCAGCAGCAGCAGCAGCAGCAGCAGCAGAAGAUGCCAGUGCGGAAAAACGGAAGCGAGAGCGCUGACUCCCACGUUCCUAUGGCGAUGCGUGCAGAAAUUCAAUCGAGCCAGCCGCCACCGUUUCCAGGCACCGCUGCGCCGUCUGCCUAUGCCUUCCCAACGAUGCAGCAAACUGAGACCCCACAUCAGUUCAACUUCUCGCACUCGCAUGACGGGCAGCUGAGCCCAGGCAACAUGCAGGCGAGCGGUGUCAAUCCUCCACCUUCGCCCUACGCACUUCCGCAAAGGCAGGUGGUGUACCUGCACGGCGGCGGUGCAGCGUCGAUUUCGUCCUUGGGUCGGCACCCAGUGCUCAUGGGGCCCCCCGCCGCAAAUGUGAGCCUCACGUCAGCGAACGCGCCGGUGUUCUACCCGGCCAUGCCCAUCCCCUCCGCAAACGGGAAUACGGCCGUGGCCUACUACGUACCGGGUACCGACUCACAGCAGCAGCAGCAGCAGCAGCAGCAGUCCGUUCUGCUCGACUCGAGCACCGCUUUUCACGGUCCUGGCAACGCGAACACGCGCCUUUCGUACCUCGUCUUGCCAACCCAGCAGAUGGACCAAGCCAGCAUGACCGCUUACGCAACUCUGCCGUUCACCGCCUACGUGUCUCGUCGUUCCAGUGGCCAAAACGCCAUGCAGGACGCAAUGGACUUUGCGCCGCCCAACGCGGCAAUGGCGGCGUGGCCGUCGGCGCUGCCUCCGCAGUACACAAACCCGCCUCCUCUGCAGAAGUUCCCCGCAACGGCCACCACAACCACCAACGCCGCCGCCGUCGACGACAAAAAGGCGCGGCAGAAGGCCCCAAGCAACGGGGAGGUGCCGUCGACUGCCUCUGCGGCUGUCAACCCGCAUCCCCCGAUCGCAGGCGGUGCCAACAACAAAAAUGGCAGCACGUCGAAGCCAAAGCACCACGCUAACGGCGUCGACGCCGGUGCGCACAUCAUCAAGGAGGUCUCCAUCACCUCCCAGUCCACAUCGAACACGCAGGGGCUGCCGUACGCGGAGGAUCCGGUGGAGAUCGACACGACGAAGCGUCAGCUCAUCGUGAACUACCUGCCGCAGCGCCUCACCGACGAGCGCUUCAAGGAGCUGUUCCGCCCCUACGGGGAGUUGAUGGAGGAGGAAAGUCACAUCAUUCACGACUUUCGCCACCACAAGAUGAUCCCGGUGCCGUCCUCCGCGGCCACCACACCCGCCACGAAGACCACCACGCCGCUGAGCUUCGACAAGGACACACCGUCCUCGCCCGUGACGGCGAUCACGACGAUGUCGCUGUCCAACAUGGAUUUGACCUCGCUCGGCACGCACACGCACGACGACACGACCCCCACCACUGUGACGGAGAGCACGUCGAGCACGACGGCCGUGGAGGCGUGCAGCGUCCCGCGCAGCAAGGGCUAUGGGUUUAUCUACUACAAGGACGGCGCGAGCACGGAGCGUGCGAUAAAGGAGCUGAACGGCAAAGAAGUGGAUGGGAAGCGUAUUAAGGUGCGGUACGCACAGCAGCAGCGGUGUCUGGAUCCCCGUCCCGCAGAGGGAGCCACGGAGAGUGUGAAGGACAUCGACGCCCAGAUGCACAGCACGACAAGCGAGAGCGAGGUGAAGUCCUCCGAUAUGGAGAUCAUCGACAAUGAGACGUUCGAGUUUGACGACGACUAA